AUGAAUGGAUCUGCUAACUCAUUUUUUUCAAAUCCAAAUGGGGCACCUGAGCGUAAUUUUAUACCAUCUCCGGAUGCUGAGUUUAAACUGUGUUUGUUGUCUGAACUACCAUAUUACCCCACCUGCGACACUGACCCUAUAUUUCAAUUCACCUGCGAUGAGUUGAUUGGUGAUAGGUUUCCCAUAACAAAAUAUCCCUUCGAUGGAUUCAUCAAUUUCCACUCCUUAAAAAUCUGCAGCUCGAAUGCAAAACAAAUGUCAAAAUACUUGCAGUUAGCUAUGGGGUUUAGAGAAGUGGCUUACAGGGGUCUAGAAAAUGAUUCAAGGUUAGUUGCAUCCCAUGUUGUUCAAAAUGGCUCUAUAUUCUUGGAGAUUGUCAACACUUUAGAAACUAUUAAGGACGAUAAUGUAUUACGAUUUCCCUACUUCAAACAGGAUUUAUCCCUAUUUGAAAAGUUUGAUCACGACUUGAGUACAUAUUUGAAAGAGUUCAAGAUCACUACAGAGGAUUUGGUUUUUGAUUAUGUGAAUAAUAGGAUAGAGAGUCUAAGUACAAACCCAUUGAAAUCAUUAAAAUUUGGUCGUCACAUGUACAACACUAUUAUAAAAGGUGGGAAAUACAAGGCAAUAUCUCAAGAGAUUAAAAAAAUCAUUGUUGAUGUCAUAAAUGAUUCUGAAUUGAUAUACAAUGAUAUCAUGGAAUGCGCAUUAAUACAGAAGUUUUUGAAAAAUCAUGCUGAGGGAGUUAUGGAUAUAGCAUUCAAUGUAAAGAGUAUUGAUGUUAUUUUUCAAAAAGCAAUACAAUCAGGUGCUGGAAUUAUUAGAUUGCCCCGUAUACUUUCUGACGAAAACGGUUCUGUCAAGUUGGCAAUCAUCACAGUUCCUAAUACAGACAUACAACACACUUUGAUUGAAAAUUUGGACUACACGGGAACUUUUCUACCAGGGUAUUCCGAAUCCAUCAUGGGACUAGCCCAAGGAUACCAAGAACAGUUGGAAUCUUUGCCUCCAGUUCACUUUACUUCUAUUGAUCACUGUGUUGAGAACUAUUCCUGGAACCAAAUGAUUUCACAAGCUAAGAUUUAUGCUGAAAUGUUUGGAUUUCACAAAUAUUGGUCGGUUGACGAAAUGGAUGUUUCAACUGGCUUCACUGCCUUACGGUCCAUUGUAAUGAGUUCAAGUAAUGGACAAAUAAAGAUGCCCUUUAAUGAACCAGUAAAGUCAAAAUUCAAAGGGCAGAUUGAAGAGUUUAAUGAUUUUUAUGGUGGACCUGGAAUUCAACAUAUUGCUUUACGUACAAAUGAUAUCGUUCAAACUGUGAAAGCAAUGAUUCAGCGUGGUAUUGAAUUCAAUCAAGCCAGUGAAAGCUAUUACAAGAAUUUACAACAACGGUUGGCAAAUGACGAUAUUGAAUUAUACGAGGAUAUAAAUGAAAUCAAAGCACUUAACAUACUAAUUGAUUACGAUCCAACAACAAGAAACAAACGCACGAAGAGAUGUCAUUAUAUCUUGCAGGUAUUUUCUCAGCCCUUACAUGAUCGACCAACCUUGUUUAUUGAAGUUAUUCAGCGUCAUCAUCACAACGGAUUCGGAAAAGGUACAUUCAAGGGAUUAUUUGAAACAAUUGAGCUGCAACAAAAACUUCGUGGCACCUUUGUUGAAGUUGAGUGA